AUGAGGGCAUUGGAAUUCUACAGCGGCAUCGGUGGCCUGCGCUGCGCCCUGAGGCGGGCCGCCCCCCAGGCGGCGGUGGUCGCAGCUUUCGACAUCAACAACGUCGCCAACGACGUGUACGCUCACAACUUCGGCGAUCGACCGCGGCAGUCGAACAUCGAAAGGAUUCCCUUGUCGCUACUGGAGUCCAUGAGGGCAGAUGUCUGGCUGCUGUCCCCACCUUGCCAGCCCUACACACGGCAAGGCCUGAAACUGGACGCCAACGACCACAGGGCCUCAAGUUUUCUGGCCCUCAUGGGCAUGCUGGCCCAGAUGAUGGCGCCCCCUGAUUACCUGCUGGUUGAGAAUGUUGUGGGCUUUGAAUCGUCGUUGACGAGGAGCAGACUGGUGGAGACACUGAGAGCGUGCCACUACCAGGUGCAAGAAUAUAUACUCAGCCCCGUUCAACUGCGCAUUCCAUACUCCAGGCCAAGGUAUUUCUGCCUUGCAAAGAGGGGCCGAUUUGCAACACAGCCAGCAGAGCCGCACUCUGUGCUCUUUGAACCUCCACCCUUGGGCCAAUUGCCAACUUAUGAGGAUGUCGUUCCCGAGCCCAUCGCGGCCUUCCUGGAUCCGGAGGAUUGUCCAGACAUGGCGGAGGGGCCGUCCGGCCUCGUGCCCGGUCCAAACGCCCCUCCUACCGACGAUCCAACCCCCGUAGACGCCACUGGCGAUCGACUCCGCCCAACCCUGCGUGCCCACAAAUCGCCACACUCAGCAGACUGCGCCGAUCCUGGCUUCGAUCAAUUCCAGCCUUCCGUGGAUUUUGGAGAUCCCACCUCGUCCGUCGCCCGAGAUGGCGCGUUGUGUACAGAAGCGGCAGAUGGCCACGCGGGAGGCGCGAAACAUAGGAAUCUGAAAAAUGCGAAUGGCCUUGCGGGCACCAGGGACCGCUGGCGGAUGCUGAGGGUGCCAGUGAAGACGCUGGCCCAAUGCGGCAACGUGAUCGACGUGGUGGCGGCGGAGGGGCGGCGAUGCAACUGCUUCACGAAGAGCUACACGCGCUACGCGAAGGGCACAGGCUCGGUGCUGGCCACCAGGAACACCCACCUACUCCAGACGCUGGAAUCAACCCGGGCACGCAACGUGCCCAUUAGGGGCGACAGCGCAGGUGCCGGUAACGCUGUCGGUGACGAUGUCGGUAGCGGUGUCGACCGCCGACAAUGUGACAGUGACGGUGGCAGUGGUGGUGACGCCGGAUGUAACGGUAACGGCGUCACGCCUGGGAUGGUCGAGGCGCUGAGGGAGAUGGGGGUGAGGUACUUCAGUCCCCGGGAGGUUGCCCGGCUGCACUCCUUCCCUCCGGGCUUCGCCUUCCCGCCGCACGUCAGCCCUCGGCAGAGGUACCUGUUGCUGGGGAACAGCCUCAACGUGAGCGUGGUGGCCCACCUGCUGGCGUUCCUGUUCAUGGACCCCAAGGACCAGUCCUGUCUUGACGCAUCCCAACUUCUGGCAUCUGCACCUCUUGCAAGCGUCGGCGUGAUGGCCUGCUCAGACAUCGCCCAGUAG